AUCUGUUUUUAUUAAUUACUAAUAAUAUUUUAUAAUAAAAGGGGUAUUGGGAUUUAAAAUUCACGUUUUUUUCUAUGCAUUUCUCUGUACUUUAUAAUGCACUUUUUCUGUGAGAUGUUUAUUGUCCUGAUUUAGAAUAGAUCACUAACGUCAUGCGUGACUUUCACCACAGCAGCUCCGUGUGCAAACACACCAACUAGAGGAUGCAACACUCCUGUCACACAUGAAGCAGAAACUAUCCAUGCUGCUUCUCACGUGCAGGGCAUUCAGCUCAUGAGGAAUGAGAACCGGGAUUCAUAGCAUCCCUUGAGACCCCAAUUGACCUUCUUUUCUGCACUAACCGUAGGAUUGACUGCUGCCGGACCACUGACCGUUGCUUUACCUACGAGAGCCUCUCUGAUGGGACCCUGAUCAUCGGAGAUGGACAAUUUCACACCAUCACUAAUGGUUUCUGUGCUUUUCAAAUGCUCCGAUCAGUGGCUAUAUUAAGGCAUUGAAUAAGGUCAGCAAUGAAUAGCUUUGUUCUCAGCACCUUAUCCCAGUGGCAAGAGAGCUGCAUUUGCCUUUGACGAAGUGGGGAAAGCAAAGGACAGUGGGCUUAAAUUUCUACAUGUAGUGUGCAUGAGUACAAGCUCAAAUCUGGUGCAAAUAUGGCUGAAAACCCCGAAGACCCCCUUGUAUUGUUGGAGAUCCUGGAGGUGUUAGGUGCAUGCCGCGGGAGCGUGUUGUACGCAGACAUUUGUGUCUAUCUGAGUGGACGCUUCAGCCUGCAGCCGCUUCUAGAAUUACGGAGUCUCUUGUACUCCACCGCCUGUAGAGACCCCUGCUUCCCUGCCACCCUCUUCCGAGAACGACUUCACCCACCCUGCAGCAACCGGCUCUCAGCCGCCGCCGAUGUUGUCUCCCUGUUUAACCUCCUCAUGCACACCCGUACGGCUCCUACAUACACGCAGAACCUUCAGUCUCUGACACCCUGUCAGGUCUGUGGGAAGGGAUUUGUGCGUUACAACUGGCCAGCUGCCCUACCCGUCACAGGAGGAGGGACCGCCUCUGAGGAAUGUAAAUAUGAGAACCUCCCUUAUGAAGCGUCCAGUCAUAACACAGAGGCUUCACACACUCAGACCACCUCCGUGUUGGUCGCUGAGCCUCGCUCGCAUAUACACAACCGGGACAGCAUGCAGAACGCGCAUUCUAGGGACAUUUCCAUUGAUGAAGUCAAUCAGGAGGCUGGCAAGACACCGGUGACCAAUCAGGGAACCCGCGUUGCUCGUUCCUGCUCGCAGAAGAGGAGUGCCUUUAAAGAAGGGAUUCACAAUGUUCCACUCAUAUCCAUGGAAGGCAGCGGCCCGUCAGAUCAAAGCCCAGAUGGACCAAGAUCAGAUGGAGAGGACCUGCUUUACGCUCCCCAAAAGAACCCCUAUCCAGACCCUGCAACAUAUGCAAACGACCACCACAACCCGGCAUCACAUGCGCAUGAGCAUUCGUACGCUUACACGACUCAUUCGAAUGCACCUGAACCGGAUGCACACGUGGCUGACACGCAAUCGUACGAUGAUGCCGCAAACCCCUACGACCAUCAGACUCAGUGGCGUCAGGCAAAGCAUGAGAGUUUGGAUGAACUCCAGACAUCCACCUACUUCGGCCCUUCAGUCUCCAACCAAAAGCACCAAAGCUCUGCUCUUCAAAUCAAAAGCCACAGCUUGGACAUCGACAGCAGGACAGCGGACGAAAGACCUGAGCCUGAAACGACCGGCCUGCAGAAACCCAGAUCAGAGCGGUCUGUCUUAGAGAAGUCUGGAUUACGAAAACCAGGAUCUGUUAAACUUAGCAUCGACAGAUCAAGCUUCGACAUUCCUGGUUUUGAUCCUCGCAUCGUCAAUACGGUGCGGGACACUUUCAAACGGCUGAGCGGCAUGAGUUUGGACGCAUGGUACGAUUGGUCACCGAGCAUGGAUGGCAUGGUUAGCGUAGGCACCCAAACAGAGCCUGCAGAUCGGCGUGCUUUACGAAGCCUCAUGCUUGCCGAUAAACUCUCCAUUGACAACCCUGACAUCGGCGAGGAUGACAUCAGCGCCAUCUUCCGUUUCCUUGACGAUAUUAGCAUGUGUGGCUCCAUGGCAGUUCUGCCAGGGGAAAUAGGCGGGGCUCAGGAAGGGGGCGGGGCUGGGCUGCCAGAGAGGCGUGAACGUUUGGGAAAGUUACGGAGGUUGUUUCACUCCUUGGAGGCACCAGAAGAGGGCGUGAGAUGGGGUGUGGGGCGCCUGCUCCAACGGGUCACGGAACUGGAGCAACAGCUAGAGCCAAUUGCAGAGCUACGUGAGCAGCUGGCCCUCGUGCUCUCCACGCUAAACCGUCUGGAACAGCGGGAGCAGGUCGCAUGCCUGCAUCAAAUGCACAUACAGCCACAGCUCACAGCACGGCCUAGCGUGCAGCAACAGCAGGGGUCCCCGCGGACCAAUCCGGGGACAGAGGGCGUCAAUGAGGCAGCGGCGAAACGCAGGCAUCUGUUUGUACGCAGGACCUCCAGGAGCCACACGGAGAGCAGCGGGUCAGAAGCCCCCAGAGAGUGGAGCAUCAGUUUCAGCAAGGAGCCACACAUACAGCCUGCUAAGUCAGAUCAUUUAGGUGGAGUGCAUAAAAGAGAAGGCUCUGUAGUGCAGGAAGUGACUAGCAUUCACCUCAUGCCACCUGAGACCCACAAUGCACCACGCCGCACAUCUGUCCAUAGCACUGCUCAGCAUAUGACUGAACGCCCCAGAGUGACCUGGAGCCAGUCAGACUUAACACCGCUUGAUCUUCAGGCCCCUGAGUCUUUGGAGUUCUGGACGGAUGAGAUUUACACGCCGGCCUCCGACACGCUCCUGCGGCGUUCGCAUUCGUACACCCGUUGCAGCAGGAACCAGGUGUACCGUAUCGCUGCCCUCAGCGUCACUGCCACCAUCAUCCUCAUCCUCAUCAUCGUCAUUCCAGUCAGCACUGUGUAACGUACAUGCAGCCACAUUGAAUGGUCCUAUUCGUGUUUAUUUGAUAAUAAUAUCAAGAUUUUAAUUAAU